AUGGCCGUUGCAGUGCAUCCGCCGUUGUCGCGUGGCUCACAGCGAGCUGUCAGCGCGGCAGCCUCCGCACUCGCAUCCGUUUCGUCAGCCACGACAUCAGUGGCGCUUCAUGCAUCGACGAGCAACACCGCGUUCGCUCCAGCCACACUGGCUCCUGACCGACCUCUGAACCAAGCAUCACCGCCACCACCUCUGCCGUUUGGGACGGCUGUGCCCAUGUGUCAAGCUCGUGUCUCCACCGUUUCCACUGUGCCGCAAAAUGGAGCGAGCCCGCCGCAGACUACCGCCAACACCGCGGACAGGAGGUCCACUCGCGUUCACACACCGGUGCACAUGCGCCUGCAGCAGUUUCACGCUCCGACUCAUACUCACAGAGGCGAAGGAAAGGGCAACAACAACGGCAGCGGUGGCAGCGGCAGUGGGAGUCCUCUCGCAUUCAUGGCAGCGCCCCACGCCUUCGCAGCCACCUACGCCUCGUCACCUUUUUUCCAGCGCGUAGCCGACGUCGCACCAACGCCGCAAUCUUCUCCGGACGCGCCGCGCGCGGCAGCUUCGACGGCGAGUGCCAUUGCCCAGGAUGACGAGAGCUCAAUGCUGCAGCUGCAGGACGUGACGCCCAUCACAAACGCCGGUGAUUCCCAACACGACUCUCAACUGCCCAGCCAGCUGCGCGCAACAGGGGAAAGUGGGGGUGACAGUGGACAGUACUCGUUCCGUCAAGAGACUACCGGCCACGAUGGCAGCGCUGGCGCCACACCGGCAGUUUCUUCCGCAGCCGCAAACACCGCUCCCCUGCAGUCGUCACCCUACACAGGCGCCCACAACGUCUUUGUUGCGGGCGGCACACCACCGUGGAGCACGCUGCCGCACGUCCAGUCACCGCCGUGCCCGUUCGUGCGCGUUCUUCCCCACCAGCAGUCGGUGCUCUUUCCGUGCGACUGCAACGUUAGCCAUGGCGUGGCUGCGAAAGCCUUUUCCCAGUCGGUCUCGCCUUCUGACACAGCGCGGCUGUGGGGGACGCCGGGCGGGUUGUCCACAUCGCAAAGCGUAACCAUGUGGAGUACUGGGCAGCGAAGGAGCCGCGGCGCCGUGUCGGUGGCUGCGGCCAACGGCACUGCGACGAGCUCUGCUCGUCCUUCGACGUCGCCGGAGAGUGUUAGCGGGCAUUUUAGUAGCAUCUACGCGUCACCGCCGCCGUCGUCCUCGCAGGCGUGCGCCAAUGGUCGUGACCAGUGUUGUUCGCCUCUCCCGACCCCUGGCAGCAGCAGACGGGGGUGCCAGAAAGCGGUCACCGCGGACAGCUCUUCGCCUGCGUGCGCACACGUGCCACACCAGCAGCAUCUUUUCUUCCAGCACUACUGCGUGGAUGGGGUUAGCGGCUAUGGCACCCAUGGCGGCCCGUCGCUAUCGUCUUUUCCAAACCUGACGGUGACACCACGGUCCAUGUGGACGUCGGUGUCGGAAGCUGCCUGUGCAGCGGCAACAACGACGGCUGCAGCAGGUUCAGGACGACUGAGUGCAUCCGCAAGCACCUCAACUGCACAAGGCGCUUCGGGAGGGGCGUCAGAUUUCUCGGCUAUUGCGCGCGGCCUGUCUGGCGUGACUCUGGAGAAGCAGCUGCUCCACGCCAGCAAAGGUGAGCUGGCGCAGAUCCUACUGGAGCUGGCCAGCUGCAACCCGGAGGCAUCACGCUUUAUCCACUCCAAGGCGUUCUUCUUCGCCUUCCGCCACGAACACGGGGGUGAGGCUGUGGAGGCUGGCGAGGAAUGCCCAGCAGUGACCCAGGCGACGACAGCAGCCGCGGCCGCUGUGAACAAGAACGGGCAACACUAUGCUCUUCACGGCGGAUUGGGCAAUGGUUUUACCCCGAAGGCUGUGGACAUGCCCAACGAUGACUGUUCUUGCAAGCAGUCAGGGGCCCUCAAGCGAACCGUCACAGGUGUGGCGACCCUCAGCGGCGCUGCAGCGGCGCACGACCACGUCAUCGCUCGCUGCAUCUUCCCCGUGGAGGCAGCGGACGACGAGGAUGGGGAUGGUUGCGGCGACGACUCCCUGACUAAGAUCAAGCAUCCUGACCCGACGGUGAUGAAGGGUGCCACCAACGCAACAAUGCCGCAGCGCUGCCUCUACCCGGAGGAUCGCGCCUUCAGCGCCGAGCUGCACCCAUGCCUCCGCUGGUACGGCGCGUGCCGAAACGCGACGAGUUGCGUUUACGCGAAUGUGCCGCGGAACGUGUGUUUAAGCUGGAUCCGCGGCUCCUGCAUGGCGGACACCGAGUGCAGCGGCGUUCACCGGCUCCCUUCUCCAUGCCCGCCUGAGAUUCGCAGAAUCUACGAGCUGAACCACGGCCUCGCACGUCGCGACACACCCGCGAACGCGUGCGCAGCCUGGAUAUCUCUUGGCCAUUCUCUCCCCAUUCCUCCUCCGUUCCCGGCCUGCACCUCGCAGGCACGAGCGCCGCUUUCGGGCGGAAGGGUUGCUGCAGCGCUUCCCACAAGUCCGAACGCGAAUGCGCCGACCGCUGAGCUUGCGGAGGCUUGCGUUGGUGCCAACGAAACUCUUGGCAUGUGCGCCGCUAUGAAGGAGGGGCUAGGGGAGAAGAAGAUCGUUGUGCAAACGCCAACGGACCAGUCUAUCCACAAGGACACCUUCCUCGGCGGCGCCAGCACGCCGCACCGCCAUCCGCAUGGGCGUGACGUGGAGCCCUCCAUCCCUGCCAUGAAGAUGUCUGAGAGGUGCGGCGGCCCCCGCACGGUGACGGCUGGAGACGCCAGCUCGUGGGACUUAUCUAAUGCGGCCAUCACCGCAGAUGUCUGCGGGCUGGUUGACCACGAGAUGCUGCAGUACACUGGCGGCAUUCUUGAUGCCGGCGCCAGUGCUGGUGCAGCGGCCCCGCCGUGCCUCUUUGAUGCCGGCGUGCGACUGGGAGGUCGGCGGAGUGGCAUGGUCUCUUCAGCUGGCAAUAGUCGCUGUAGCACCGCCGAGGGCUGCGACAGCCACACGAACUCCGUCAGCCGAUACCUCGGGCCCCAGUUUGAUCGCGCGGCGACGGCAGUGCCUCACUGCAACGAUGGUCAGUCUGACAGCGCGGCCAUGAGCUGGGCAAUGCAGGAACAGCAGCCGGAUCCAAAGAAGAGGAUCAAGUCCAUCUGCGGUUGUGUGUGCGACGCCAAGGAGCCUCUCCAAGUGGUACCCCUUCGUCCCGCCGGUGACGCGGCGGGGGCACUGGCCGAUGUGGAUGACGAGUGCGACUUCUCCGCUCCCGCUGCAGGCACGCGCACGCGGAUGCAGUCACCCCUGUACCAGUGA